AUGGCUUGGGCUGAUGAGUUGUUAUGUGCGGUGCAUUUUGGUAACCAUGAUGAGGCUCUGCAUUUGUUACAGCAAGGUUAUCCUCCAGAUGGGAAAUCAAAUUUCACCUUAUCACCCUUACAUGUUGCAAUAGAAAACAAUGAUCUUCAAAUGUGUAAACUUUUGUUAGACUACAAUGCUGAUAUUAAUUGGUGUGACUCUGAUGGUCAGUCACCAUUAUUCACUUCUUCUGGAAGUGAAAUUAGUUAUGAAAUAUUUGAUUUCCUCUUAAUGUCAGGAGGGAAAGUGGGCAUAUGUGACGUGUUUGGCAGGACACCACUUCAUUACGUAGUCAGUUGUGGAGAAGUUGACAAGGUGAAACGUCUUCUUCAAGUACCGGGCAUUCUAGUGAAUGCCACUGAUCAUGACAGUUUCUCAUCUUUACAUCAUGCCAUCACUGCAAUUGAUAUUGACACUGAAUUUGAUGACUUUAAGAGCAUAAUUAACUUGCUUUUAGAUGCUGGUGCUGAUCCAAAUCUACAAGAUGAUCGUGGCUUGACUGCACUUCAUUUGGCUGUCAUGAAUGAGUUAUAUUUUGUUGAACUCACCAAAUUGUUGCUUUCUUCAUGUAAGAACAUUGAUUUUACAGUCAAGAGUCUAUCUGGAGAUAAUUUUCUGCAUCUUCUUUUCAACAAGCCACUCUAUGAAGAAGCCGCUGUCCAAUUGUUAGAAGAUCUUUUAUGGGGCAAAAUGGUUCCAGAGUCUGUUUUUCCUUUGCUACUAAACAUGCAAAAUGCUGGUGGUCUUACGCCUUUCUGCCUCUACAUGUCCAAUCCAUUUGAAGAGGAGAAGAUGUUUAAAAAACUUUUGUCCUUAGGUGCAGAUGUGAUGAUGGGGAACAAUAUUGGACAGACACCGCUUAUGAUGGCAUGUUUUUUAAACAACCCAGACUAUGCUGUUGCACUGAUUGAUCAUGGUGCAAAUGUUAACUCUCAGGAUAUUUUUGGCCAAAGCACAGUGUACAUGGCGAGAAGCAUUGAAACUGUUUCUUUACUACUGCAACAUGGUGGAGACUUGAAGGCUGUGGAUAGAUUCGGGAGAUCUUGUCUUUGCCAAAAUCUCCUUGUCUCUGACUUAGACUGUGUGGAAUAUCUCAUUCACAACGGGGGAAAUGUGAACCAGCAAGACAAAUAUGGUUCCAGUCCUCUUCAUUAUGCAGCAUAUGCUGAUGAUGGUGAUUUAAUCAAACUCCUGUUGGAGCAUAAAGCAGACCUUUGUUUACAGGAUGAAGAGGGUCAUACUGCAAAAGAUGUUGCCAGGAUUCAUAACUGCAAGUAUGCUUUGCAAGUUUUUCAAGAUGACGAGAAUAUGGAGCCUCCCCUUGGUUGCCCGUGUGCACGUGACCAACUUUGGUGUGGUGUAUAUGAGCUUAGAUAUCCAAAGGAAACCAGUGAUACUAAUGCACAGAAAAAGUUAAAGGUGAGCAGAGAUGUUCUUGGUGGUUGUGAGGAACUGCUUAAAGAAAAGAGGAUGCUUUUGUCGACCCAUCAUGAGGAAAAUGCUAGAGUCUGUAAGGGCGUGCUAAGUCUCAUGGAGACUGUUGCAAAGAGAAUGGGAGAGAUGGAAGAACUUUUCACCACUUCUUUGCUUUCAGCUGGCAGUAUUGCUGAAGGCACAAAGACCGGAAAGCCAGAUGAGUUUGAUUUUCUAUUCUGUUUGACCAAAUUUACCGAUUCUUGUGAUGUUGUAGAAGGCGAGAUCUCCAAAACUAGCGGACUGGUAAAGGCAAGGUCCAAAAUGAAACCACCGCUUAAAGCAUUUUCCCAGUUCUUUGAUGAUACAGGCUUCCUACUUACGCAAAACGUGCGACUUGCUUUUAAUCAACUCUUGAGUGCGGUCAUUCGAGAGAAAGCAACAUGGGAAAACAGCAAAUACGUGUUGAAUGGUAUCAGUGAUGGAUCAGAAGACGCUGAAAGACCGGCGUUUACUCUAAAGGUUUUAUGGAUGUCAUGUUGUCACAAGUAUCUACAUGUUAGUGUAGAUAUUGUGCCAGCAAUAUACCUAUCAAGCUGGUGGCCAAAACACAUCCUGAACCCCACAGCACUGCCUCUGAUGACAGAAACGAUAAAGAAGGAGGGAUGUUUGUUAUUGGUCCUUUCACAAGAAGAACGGGGUCCUGGAGAAGAUUCCGAGUUCAAUCUGAGAAUAUCGUGUGUUCCUGCUGAGAGGUGCCUCACGGCAAAAUUACCACAGGAGGUUAAGAAUGCUUAUGUGCUCGCUAAAGCGUUGAUCAAAGAUGACGUGUGCCCGGUUAUCAAUUUCACUGGUGAUGGAGUCACGACUAAAGAUCAUGCUGUCCAUCCAUCCUCCACGAUCAAGAGUUACAUGUUGAAAAACUGUUUAGUUCAUGUCUUGAGUGGAGAUUCAAGUCUGACGACAGGAUGUCCAGGAGAACCAGCAUGUGAAAGGAAUUACACCAAAUUCACUGUAAACUUAACCAUGAAAAUUUUCCAGAAACUUCAACAGUUAGCUGUUCAGGAAAAAAUGCUGCCUGUAUACUUUUUUCCGAAUCAAAACAUCUUAAAUUAUGAGGAUUCAGUUAUAUAUAACAAUGACCCUGGGAGAUAG